ACGUUUAUAUUGGUAGUACUGUACGAAUAUUUGAGUCAAUUAUAUGCAUUCAUUCAUAGAUAAAAGUAGCUAUUAAAAAAGACUACAUAUGUACAUAUUAACUCAUCACAGUUACUCAUGUCCUCAUUGCCACGUAGUAUUAUUAAAAAAAAUCGAGAAUCAAUAGUGAUUUUAUAGUGAAUAAAAAGUUUACUCUAACAAUUAUAUGAAUAUUCUCAAUGAUAAAGAAAAAUUGAAUAUAUUUGUUUUAUUUACUGUAGCGUUAUAUACCCGCUUGCCGAAGAUUACUUCGUGGCACGAAUCUGAGAAACAUAGAUACGUGAGAUGAGUGAUAAAAUAUUACCAUGUUUUGUAUCUGGUAUGGUGGUGCGAGGUUUUGGUAGAGGCUCAAAAGCAUUAGGCAUUCCUACAGCAAAUUUUCCAGAAUGCGUUGUUAAUUCAUUACCUAAGGAUUUUGACACUGGUAUAUAUUAUGGUUGGGCUGCUUUAGAUGGAAAGAAGAUAUAUAAAAUGGUUACAAGUGUUGGAUGGAAUCCAUUUUAUAAAAAUGAGAAAAAAACAUUUGAAGUUCAUAUAUUAGAAACUUUUCCAAAUGAUUUUUAUGGAAAGGAACUUAAAGUGAUUGUUACUGGUUAUAUACGAAAAGAGAAAGAUUUUGCAUCAAUAGAUGAAUUAAUAAAAGAAAUAAAGAAUGAUAUUAUGAUUGCUGAGAAAGAAUUAGACAAACCUAACAUGUUGAAUUAUAAAUAUGACACUUUUUUGACAGGAUGACCAAUUUUAUUUUAUUAUAAAAAUAUUUUAUGUCUUUUAAUAAUUAAUUUUUACAAAUAUACUUAUUGUGAAAGUUA